UGUCAGCCACUUCGGAUGCAUUUUCUAUGCUGUGCUCUCGUGUCUUGUUUUUUUUCACUUUCGAUUAAUUCAUGCGCCGUGAUGAGAAAUGCCUGUGCGUCAUCAGUUCUCUUUCAAGGCACCUUGUUGUGAUUGAGCCGGGCCCGCCAUAAUAACACAAGAAUUUCUGGGUCGUUUCUAAUGUUGACGUAAAAAAAAGUUUAUCGGCGAAAGUUGACUGGACCAAAAGUGCGGGGCGGAUUAUUAACUUUGAUUCGUCAAGUUGCUUGAGUGGGGAAGAAGAUAUAUAGAGAACUAACUCGUGGUUCAAAAUCUGUGAUGAAAGUGCGUAGACUGCUGGCAAUAAAGUUGCCGUUAACGGGUCAACGCCAUCACAGCAGCAGCUGAUGCCCCCGUAAAGCGCCAAGGUAGAGAGAAAGUGAACGAGAGGGGUCCUUGUGUGUGUUGUUGUUGUCUGACGCAGGAAACAGCAUACAUAUAUAGCUGCAUGGUCGUAUCUUUCAUUCUACAAUUCUUUGUCGCCGGUUGCGGUUGUGCAUUUUCGCGCUUUUUUUCACGUGGUCAGACGUGGUGUUGCUGGACAAAGUGGACAGCCGUGGAAUAUUUUUGUCUUUUCGACCAACUUUUAGCACGAAGAACUGGAUCAAAAUUAAGGAAAUGUGAAAUUGGAGCCACUGUGAAAUGGAAGAAAAAGUCGCCCGAUCUGCCGGCGUGAAAUUGUGUCGUAAUCAUCGACAAGUGACCGGACUGCCAUCGCAGUGGACGUACUGAUUCGGAUGCGGAAGCGCCGCUCGUUGUCGAUUGUAAGGGCCGGAGAUUGGCCGGCCUGGUAUGAUGAACCACGUCCAUCCCGUUCACGUUUCACACCUGGUGCUGCCAUGAGCCGCUUUGGGGUUAGCAGUUGCUCUCGUCUCUCGCUGACGUUGUUUUUCCUCGUCGUUUUGAACUCGAUGUUGUUUAUGGCCGUUGGAGCAGCUCCCGUCACAUCCGUGUCCAACGAUAGGAGGAGCAGUGCCGGAUCACGCACAUCUUUAAGCCGCUGCCCAGCCAUUUUCAACCCGAUCCCUAUGGUUGCCAAUGCCAAAGUUGCACCCAGUUCCGAUCAAACUGCCCAAAAUGGCCAAUCGAAUGCAACGGAACCGUCAACGUGUCGCUACUUUUUGACGAAACGUUUUGGGACGCUGACGACGCCCGGCUUCCCGUCGGCUUUCCCCUUGCCGUUCAUGUGCAGUUGGAUCAUCAACGCGACGGGAUUUGAGGCCGACUCGUUCGUGACUCUUUACCUGACGCAGAUGUACCUGACUCGCGGCGUCAAAGCCGUCCAGUACUCGUUCCGCAACGAGACAACCGCCAUCGGUCGCAAGGAGCUGGACGAGCUGCACACACUUCGUCCCCGGCCGUACUCGGUCUACAGGAUCAAAGCGCGGUACCUGGAAGUGCAGGUGAACCUGGACGAGUUGGUCAACGCCAACCUGCGAGUCGAGCGCCGGUUCAUGGACGUUUACGGCUUCAACAUCACGUACGAAAUCCAACCAAACACUUCGCGCAUUCGCUCCGAUACGUGCAACGUCGCCAACUGCACAUUUAACGGCCACUGUUACGCCAAUCACAAUUACAGCCAGUUCCAGUGUUCCUGUCUGCCGGAUUUCUCUGGAAAGUAUUGCCAAUAUGGUCCCGAAUGCAAUCCAGCCAAAGGAAUCAACGUCUGCAAAAACGGCGGCGUUUGUGGGUACCGCAGCGGUUUGACGGUUGUGCGCUGCAGUUGUCCGCCCAAUUACAACGGAAGUUUGUGCGAGUUUCGCCGUGAAUUCAUCCCCUCCAAAGAGUGCCUUUCACGGUUCCGGUUAAACUGCAGCCACCACUGCGCCGUAACGGACAAGGGAGGAGCCGCUUGCCGCUGCCCGUUCGAUCAGGCCUUGAGAUCUGACAAUGUGACCUGCUAUCCGCUCGUGCCAUUAAGAAUCUUGGGGAACGUCGUACUGGAUAGGCCAAUAAGUUUCAGUGACAAGCGCUUGGUGGACGGAGUCACGACCGAGUUGAAGAAAAUGACCGACGAAUUAACAGCGUACCUGUUCGUAGUGGGUUCAGUCGAUCUGUUCGAAUCUGAUUCAAAUCGGCUACAGUUCCUACUAUGGAAUUCCGAGAAUUACAAUAUGAGUUGGACGAAUUGGAUCCAGCAGCAAGUUCCUUCCGUGGCAGCCGUAAAAAGCCGAGGUUUUACUGCACUACUCAAUCGAUCGACCACCGGACUUCGGUCCUCUUGGACUGGCGUCAAGAAGAGGAUGCCGCGUGACAUCAUAAAUCCAUUCCCCAUCACCUACAUCCCACAGCAGUGGAACAACUCUUAUUCGUCCUUCGUCAACCAAAUAAACACGAAAACAUGGAAAGUGCAGGGCGAGGCCAUCGCCAUUCGAAACCUCAGCAUUGUCCAAGUUCCAGCUCUCAUCAUCGAGUGGGUAAAACUGGACGUCAAAGGUCAGGUUCGUGAAGGCUAUCCCUUCACAGUGGCAUGCAACGCAAACGGUUCGGGCAGGAAAGAUUUGAAAAUGGGCUGGUUCAAGGAUGGCCAUAGGGUGGACGACUCUUUUGCUCUGGCGCGCAACGUGUCCAUCUUCAUCCACGAGAAACAGGACCUUCGAGGAUUCUUCACGUUUUAUUUGGAGGUGAAACAGGCGUCGUUAGCUGAUCGUGGCGAAUUUGAAUGUCGGGCCACUGACUGGGGACAGACUGUCCGGAAGAGCGUCUUUCUCGACGUCAUCACUCCUCCCAUUCUCGACCUGAUGCCCAUCAAUCCCGUUGUCCUGCCGGGAACGGCCGUGAAUUUGACGUGUCGUGAUGAGAACCAUCUGGCCCGGCGGACGACGACCAAGUACGUUUGGUUGAAAAAUGGCCGGCCGAUUGAAUCGUCAUGUGAUGAGAUCAUUGAAGAUUUGACGCCAGUCGGGAGUCUUUUGAAAAUCACUGCGAUUCAGCAUAGCACCAAUUACUCAUGCCGAGGUGAAAAUGGAACCAAACUGGCAAACAAGACGACGCACAUUUUUGUUGUUCGUCCGGACAGAGCCUGUCCCCAGGAGAAGAACCGGGGCGUCGAAUGGCUUAUGACGGCAGUUGACGUCACCAAUUAUCAAUUCUGUCCAGCCGGAUACGUUGGCGUGACAAGGAGACGUUGUCUCUCCGUUAAACAGCCGAUAGACAACAGCGAAAUCGCAGCGACUGCAGUUCGGGAAUUUUGGAAAUGGGGCGAACCAGAUUUUUCCGACUGCAGUGAUCGUGAAGUCACCGAACUCUACCGUCAGUUGAAGUUGAUCACUUUGGGCUAUGCCGUCACCGAUAUUGCCUCCAUCAUCAACAAAUUUGCCGAUUUCAUUCAAAGGAAACUCAAAGAUUUUGCAGAUCUGAAAAGUGCAGGGAGCGAACAGACAACCCAAUUCCCUUAUCUGCCUGGUGAAGGCAACGCUCUGCUAGAAAUAGCCAUGAACUUGGAGGCUUUUCUCUGGAAAAGGACAGAAGUUUUACCACAGUCCUUCUGGAACUCGACAGCUAUUCAAUACUUGUAUGCACUUGAUGCCCUGUUAUCCAUGCCAAAAGACUUUUUCCGCUUGGAUGGAGGAAUACCGAUCCUGCGAUUCAUCCAGAAUCACUUGACUCUGUUAGGCAUCAGUCCGAAAGGAGGAUAUCCUCUUGGUGCCAUUGAAUCGCAUCUAUUAAAGAACAGCGACAUUGACACCGACUUAAAUAAGAAAGAGCUCAAGUACAAAGAACGUUUGAAAUUCUUGCCAAGUCAAACAGGUUUCAAAAAUCUUACGCAACUUGCGCCCGCCCAAUUCUUUCUCAAUAAACCAAACGGUUCCAACGUGACGAUGGAUUUCUUUUCGACGGUUGAACAACUGCAGAUAAGGGGCGGUGAAUAUAUUUGCGCCUUGUUGCUCCUUCAACCCACAAAUCAUUCCCGUGGAUGGGACUAUUGGGACAUGAAUUCUUGUUCCAUCGAACGGCUGUCGGACCCGUCUGCGUUCCGCUGCCUUUGCUCUCAUCAAGGGACAGUUGUUUUGCUGUACGCAGAAAGGGACUCGAUGCAGCACACCGAUGCAACUUUUGAUCUGUGGAAAAUCAUCGUUUUUGUUGCCUCCACAUCCAGUUUCAUUGUCGUAAUUGGCGUCAUUGUUUUGUCGAUCAAAUGGUAUCGGCAUCGCUGUGUUUGGGCUUGGUUUCAAAUCCAGUUAGGCGUUGCACUUGUCCCACCUUCUUCUGUCUAUUUUUUGCCAACCGAAUCCAUCAUUUCCGACCCAUUCUGGACCAUCGUGUUGACUGUGGCGACUUAUCAAUUCGUGACGACCGUUUGGGCCAUGAUCAUGUACUUGAAAAUGAACGCUAUCCACCGUCCGGAUGAAGAGGAAGUUUCGGAUAAGUUUAAUCAGAAUAAUGUCAGACUGGUUGGCUUGUCGAUAGGUAUUCCACUGUCGUUGUCGGGUGUCCAGAGUUUGAUUGAAGAAUUCUCAACGGGAUCGCCGUUCGUUAGCUGGUUUUCCCAGCUCAGCUCCAUCUCUGGGAUCUUUUUUUGUUUGAUUUAUUGUACGUUAUUGAUUGCUAUCCUAUCCUUGUAUGUCAUGUCGACACGGGUAAGGUACGUUUCUUCUGAGAAGUUUAACGCCUUCACUCACGAGGUUCCUAAUGUAACGGAGAUCAGUUCUGGAUACAACCAACGCUGCCUGCUGCUAGCAAUUUUGAGCCUUCUAUUGACUGGAACUAUGUUGAGUCAUCUUCGUUGGAUGUCGCUUAGCGCACACUGUAUUGCCGCAUUUUUACAUCUGCUAGAAGUUUUACUGGUUUUCGCUUUGAUGAUGACGUUCAGCGGUACAAACUACACCUGUUCUUUAUUGUGUUUUUGGCGCUGGAAUAAAUUACCCGAAGGAGAAACGGUGAAUGAAUUACUCAACGCAACGGCUAUGGUAGAGAGCCCACAGAGAAGGAACCUGCUGUCGCAGGAACAAAUUCCGGUCGACGAAGAUGAAACAUUGAAGACAAUCAAUAAAACGAAAAGGACAAGUCAGCCUAGUGUGGAUGACACCGUGUUUCCCGCACCUAAAAGAAGCAAAAGAUGUAACCGGGCGGGUCCAGCUUCGUCUCCUUUACUUCAGCGAGCCGGACUGGGUCCUGAAGUGUUGCGGGCGUUCGGCGUGGAACCGCAGUCUUCGCACCAACUUGUUGGCAAAACUACUGGAUGCCUUCAAGCAGAAAACACAUCUGUAAACGGACCGGGAGAUGCGAUAAGAUCUGGUAGAGAUCGAGUCAAUUCCAUUGCCACGUGUGAUGGAUUGCAACGGGACGACAUGGAUUCAGGAUUUGGACCCAGUGGCGGUGGUGGAAGUCAAAAAUUAAACGGAUUGGAUAGAUUUUCUGACGCGUGGAAGUUCUUGAGUCGAAUCCGCUGGAAUUUGCCGCUACGCGGAUUCCCUUCGAAUGGGAGCACCAGCGGUGGAGGUUCAUUUCGGUCACGACAAAGCACGAUGAGUAGCGCUACAACGGCGGAAUUUGGUGGUGAACAAAGUAGCAGUGUGACGACUGAAGAGACGGAGGUUCAGAUCCGGGAGUCUGAAGAUGCUGAAUCCUUGAUGGCCCCCUAUAGAUUGAGACGAUCGAGGACACGGUGGACUGACGACUACGGCCGAGAAAAUGAACUCGACUCCAGGGAAGUCAGUAAUUUGACUAUAAAAUGCAAACCGUAUAGAGGUCGAUGUUUCAUCCGCUGUUCGCCGGAAAAAAUCGGAUCCAAUGCCCUGUGGAACCAUCAGUGUCAGGACGUAAUUAGCGACAGGCAAGCGAGUUGGUUCCCAACGCAAAACGACAGCUGCGAACGAUGCUGGCACAACCCAGAAACUCCAUUUUGCGACAUCUGUCUCACAGAUGUCAAUUCUCAUCCCGUUCAGAAUCGUCAGGGAACCAUGUUCGUCCGAGCUGUCAUUGAAAAUCCACCUAAACUUCCGAAUAAAGACGACUGCGAAUACUUGAAAAUGGAUGCGGCGGGAAGCCUGGCCGUCGAUCAACAGCGUGUUAAACGGCUUCAGGUCUACUACAACACGACGGUCAAACCGGCGACCCAAACCACAAAUGAUGGCGAUUCCAACGCCAUCAAUAAAUUGAAGCUGAUGAGCUGCGCAUCCAUUACAAAAUCCUCUUGCAUAUCUCCGUCUUUGUUGCGUCAAAAGAAAAUUCUCAACGGACGAAUCUUCAAAAAGUAUCGAAUCUCGAUGCCCAACGUCGUACAUUCCACUCAGCAACGCAGACCAUACGAAAUCAAUUACCCAGCUGAAUUUAUCUCGUUAAGGGACCAAACGCUCUAAAUUUGUACCUAAUCAAUUCCCAUUUAAUAACCCAACCCUGAUUCAUCAUAGCAAUUUUUGCACGCAACAGUCGUCCUGUCGAAAGAUAUUCAGACCUCAGUGUUUAGGCAAACGAAUGCCAAACCAGAAAAUAAUUGUAUUUUUAAUGGACCAUAGUUAGAUGACGAGUGUUCAAAUGUUCUAGUCAACUCUCUUCUUUAACCGGUGACAAUGCCUCUUUAAAUAACUUUAAGCGACCAAACAACCAAAGGCCCACAGCAAACUUCUCAACUACUCCUCAGUUUUUUACUUGUCUCAACCUUUCUCCUGCCACAGAGGAGUGUUUUACAUAUCAACGCACAGUAGUUUGUGUAAUUAUUUAUCUGAAAUUGUUUUGGUUUGGCAGAUAAUCUAAUUUUUUUUGGGCUUUGUAAUGUUCCUUGAAAGAUCAAAUUCAAUCCCUCGGUACUGCUGCACUGCAGGUAACGAUUUGAUUUAAAUUACUUAUUCCUUUAGAUUAAAGCUAAUUUGAUUGAAAUUUGGAGCUGAUUGAUUUUUUUUAAUGCAAUUUUUAUACUUCAUGUUCAACAACUAUUUAUUUUAAAAUGUGACGGAAUAAUUUUAUCACACUUUUUUUUUACAAUGCGCUCACAGUUUCUUCUCCACCAUGUAAAACAUGACUAUGGGUGAGACAAAUUUUUCUUACAGAAAAAUUUAAAUGUUGGCGCUCAAUUUAUUUUUGGAUUGUAUUCUAUUCUUAUUGCUGAUGAAAAAACAGCUUUUCUUGACUGGUUAAUACCGGUUAAUACGCGUGGCGAGUAAGUAUUAAAACGGCUUAAAAGCCAACUCAAUCAACAUGCGAUAUUUCUCCCACACUUAAUAGUGCAGUUACCCACUGAAAUAAGCUUAUUUUGAAACAAAGUUGUAAUUGUCUUUAUUUUGAAAAAAACAAAAAAACAGACAAACAAUAAAUAUAUGUU